AUUUUUCCAGAGGUUCCUCUGAGAUUCCUCCAGAAAUUUGUCCAGGAAUUCUUUCAGGAACACCUCCAGUUAUUGCUCCAGAAAUUCCUCCAAGAACUCAUUCAGGAACUCCUCCAGGGGUUCCUCCUGGAAUUUCUUUAAGAGAUUUUUCCAGGGAACUUCUCUCUAGAAAUGUAUCUGUGAUUCCUCCAGGAAUUCCUCUGCAACGAGUUGCAAAACAUUUUUGCAGUGAAAAACAAAUCACUAGAAUAUGAUCAUUUCUAUCAGUACCAUCGUAUAGUAUGAAAAACUAGUCCGUUAUGAUACGGCAAGUAUAAAUCAAAUUUCAUAGUGCUGAGUUGCGAAACGAUAUUUAAAAUCCACUUGCGUCAUUUUUAGGUAGUGGAACUUAUGUAUUUCCGGCAGUUUUGUUUUCGUCGUCAUGAAAGAUUUUUUGAAACCUUUUGAACUCAAAGUUGGCCACAAAUCCUUUCAAAUUAAGCUGAAUGAUAUGGCAAUGUUUCAGGAAUUUUGGUCAACGUAAAACCCCCACGACAAAGAGAACAAGUCUGCCGAUAAUAGCCAUCGUCACCCUAUUAGGUAUUCAAAAUAAGUCAUGUUUAGAAGUACACCACGAAUAAUACUUUUUAUAUUUAGAAUUGUGAGUCAAAAUGUUGAAUAUAUAGUUUUUGUGAGAAAUCAGUGUAUGAAAAGUUAUUAGAAGAAUUUUUUUGAGUGUAAUUUGUUAAAAAAUAAUAUUUAUCUCUUGAACCAUAACAUUGUUCAUUGUGACCUGACAUUAUGGAAAGGACUGGAUUAAAAUAAAUAGAAACUUCAAUGCGAAUGUGCUUUCGAUUUCCAAAUCAGGAUGACAAAUUUGCAAACACGGUGCCUUUUUGAAGACUUUCAAUCUAAUGUAAAAACUUGAUUGUCCCAAAAACCGACGUUGAAUAAUAUUUUAUACGCGCUUUUCUACGCGCUGGAUGUAGAUUAUCAUUUUCUAUAUGAUCGCCUCCAUCCGUAUCCAAAAGUUUUACAAUUGUAUCGUUCCUAAGUGUACAUGUUUCAUUAAAAAUAUUUUCUGCUGUUUCAAAAAUGUAUCCAUGAAGCAGGUGAAGAAACCCAAACUCUGCAAUAUUCGGCUUAGGCCUGGCUUAGCGCUGCUAAGCCACCUCAGAGCACCGCUUAAAAUAAGCCACACUUAACGUAAACCGUAGCUUUAUUAAACCGGGUUUAGUGGUUAAGCCGAUGUGAAGAAAUCGAAAAAAAGUUAAGCCUGGCUUAAAAUUUUGCUAAGCCUGGUUUAAAAUUUAAGCCCGGGUGAAGAAAUCGGCCCUAAGAAACAUGUACACUUAGGAACGAUAAAAUUGUAAAACGUUUGGUUACGGAUGGAGACGAUGAUAAAGAAAGAAAAUGAUAACUUAUAGCCGGCGGGUCGUCAAUAUAAAAUAUGCACAUCGGGUUUGGGACAAUCAAGUUUUUACAUUAGAUUGAAAGCCUUCAAAAAAGCACCGUGUUGAUAGUUUUGAAAAUUUGUCAUACUGAUUUGGAAGUCGAAAGUACAUUUACAUUGAAGUUUCUAUUUAUUUUAACCCGGUCCUUCAAUAAUUUAAGAGAGCUUGCCAAAUUGUUACGGUUAUUGUUCCUGAUUUUCAAUUCACCAUCAGCGCACCCCCCGUGCGGAGCCUAUUGGGAAGAACGCAACACAGCGAAUUGGGAAGAACGCAAGACAGCGAACUGGGAAGAACUAAAGACACUAUAUGCUAUAUAAGAACGCAAUUCGACCCAUCUGAGAAGAACACAACAUACAUUUUUUCAUAACCAUUCCCACUGUAGAGAAAAGUAGACGUAAUAAAGUACGGUGAAUUCUAAAACGUUUCGCGAGUUUCUUUUUUUUAGAUUCCGUUCCCAACACGUACAAAUUUGGUCCUUCGGUCGCGGAUAAUUCGGGAUCGGCGCGAUGGAAAACGCUGUGAAACGUCGGAAUACGUUGUUCGCGAAAUUGCAGUGGGAACACGCAGCGGCGAAAUCGAUUCGCCAGCGCCAGCCCCAUCCUUCAGAGGUUACGGAGCGGCUGGAAAGAUUGCGGGACACUCGAGCGGCGUUUGAAAAUGUGCAGUCGGAGCUGGAACUUGCGUCGGACACCCUAGAACCGAUGGAGGCGAUUUUUAACCACCGGACGGAGUUUGAACACAUUUACUACGCCGUAAAAACCAUCUACGUCACAUAUUUGGAUGAUACGCGCGACCACGGUAGUGAUGACACGAUUGCUAGUUUGCCGGACGAUUUUCGCCAAGCGAUCAAAUCAUUGGUUGAGACUCAGGAACGUUUCCUGAAAGCGCAAACUACCGUGUCUACCAACAUUGGAGAACUUGCUGCCCCACAACAGCGUACGCAAGCGGAAAAUCCUUCACCAGCACCAGCUCACCCCAACGCAAAUCUUCGUCUACCGGUUUUUUCUGUUCCCGUCUUCCGUGGAGAUAGGAAAGAAUGGAGGACAUUCAAGGACCUGUUCGAGACGGGUAUACAUAACCGCGAGGACAUUAGCGACGUGCUGAAACUGCAGUAUCUGCCUAGCUACCUCGACGGCGAAGCGAGAAGCCUUGUUAUCGCUUUUCCCAUCUCCGACGCAAAUUACGAACCGGUUUUUGUUUGUUAUGUUUCAACUGCUUGAAGGGUGUACAUGCAGCUCGUAAUUGUCCGUCUACGAACGUGUGCAAAGGCAGCAAUUGUAAACAACGACAUCACACGUUGCUCUGCCAGAACAAUCAGAAGCAACAGACAGCUACAACGAAUCCUGCAGAGGAGAAGCCUGUUUCAACAACACAGCUACAGGAUAGCAGCACCAACGAGGUGGUGGCCUGCUCGGGCGGACUGGCGGCGAACUCCAAACGAUUUCCAGCCAGUUCAAUCACUAUCCUACCAACAGCAUUGGUGAAGAUCAGAGGCCAACACUGACUGCUCCAUGAGGCUCGAGUGCUAAUCGACUCUGGAUCGCAGGUGUCUUUGAUCACUCAGGAAUUUGCAGCCAGACUGGGGAUUCCUCGAAAGAAUGCAAGACUGGUCGUUACUGGUCUCUCGCAGCUAGCAGCAGGGACGACAAAGGGAGUCGUUCACCUGUUCAUUUCAUCGAGAUUCAGCGACUCGGUGGUGCUAUCCACUGACG